AUGGCGAAGAAGCUUUCUAGUCUCAUCGACUCUCCUGUUUCAAUCAUUACAAAUGAUGGGAGAAAUAUUAUCGGAACAUUGAAAGGACUAGAUCAGAAGCUGAAUGUUAUAUUGGAAGAGUGCUACGAGAGAGUUUUUUCAAAAGAAGCAGGCGUCGAGCAGGUGACACUAGGUUUGUAUAUUGUUCGAGGAGACAACAUUGCAAUAGUGGGGGAGGUGGACGAGCACAAGGAUAGCGGCACGGAUUGGACAUCCAUCAAGGCAGAGCCCUUGAAACACAUCGUUCACUAA